UUUAUCUUCUGAUAAAACCCCUCUCCUAAACUCGCUAGGGUUUUAUCCUCUCCAGGCGUCCAAACUGCAAAACAAAACUCACUCAUUUCUUCUCUUCAUUCUAUCCUAAAAAGACCCAGAAAUGGCUACAGCUCAGCUGACAGCAUCGUCGAUCUCGACUAGGAGCUUGGCGUCGUUUCAGGGGCUUCGGCCUUUGGAGGCUGUGAAGUUUGGUGCUUCAGCGGGGCACUUGAGAGUAGGGGCUGGUCUCACUCAGAGGUCGUUUAAUGGUCUGGUUGUCAAAGCCGCAACCGUGGUCACUCCCAAGUACACUUCGCUUAAGCCUUUGGGUGACAGAGUGUUGGUGAAGAUCAAAACUGCAGAAGAAAAGACCGAUGGUGGAAUCUUACUUCCAACAACUUCUCAAACAAAGCCUCAAGGAGGCGAGGUGGUUGCUAUUGGAGAGGGUAAGACUGUUGGGAAGACCAAAGUGGACCUCAGUGUGAAGACUGGCACCCAAGUUGUGUAUUCCAAGUACGCUGGGACUGAGCUGGAGUUCAAUGGCUCAAAGCAUCUUAUUCUGAAGGAUGAUGAUAUUGUCGGUAUUCUUGAAACAGAUGAUGUCAAGGAUCUCAAACCUUUGAACGAUAGAGUUCUAAUCAAGGUUGCUGAGGCUGAGGAAAAGACUUCUGGAGGUUUGUUGCUGACAGAGGCAACCAAGGAGAAACCUUCCAUUGGCACGGUGAUUGCUGUUGGGCCUGGUCCUCUAGAUGAUGAAGGCAACACGAAACCGUUAUCCAUUACCCCUGGGAGCACAGUUAUGUACUCCAAGUAUGCUGGGAAUGACUUUAAGGGCAAAGACGGUUCUGAGUACAUUGCUUUGAGGGCUUCAGAUGUUAUGGCUGUUCUUUCUUAGGUCUCGAUUAAUCAUGUGCUUGACAUGUACCCCGGAAUUUUAAGGCGAAAGUGCCUCAAGGCAUUUGGAUUUUGAAUGUAACCGUACCUUGAGAGUAUGUUAAUUUCAGUAUUUUCAGUUCUUUGCAUA